CCUGACGCUGACCGGCCAGGCGGGCGGGGUGUGCCGGGAGCCGCCGAAGGACGGCGGGUCGCUGAGGGGCAGAGCCGCCGGCGACCACCGUCCGCUCCCCGGCUCGGCCCGCUCCGCUCCGCGCCGACAUGGCGGCCGCCGUGGCGGGGCUCCGCGCCUCCUACCACCGCCUGCUCGACCGCAUCGAGCUGAAGCUGCCGCCGCGGCUCCGGCCCUUCUACAACCACCCAGCAGGUCCCAAAACAGUGUUUUUCUGGGCACCUAUUAUGAAAUGGGGUUUAGUAUGUGCUGGAAUGGCUGAUAUGACCAGACCGGCAGAAAAGCUGAGCACAGCACAGUCUGCAGUAUUAAUGGCUACAGGCCUUAUUUGGUCAAGGUACUCUCUAGUUAUUAUUCCUAAAAACUGGAGCCUGUUUGCUGUGAACUUCUUUGUUGGCUGCGCUGGUGGUUCUCAACUCUUCCGAAUAUGGAGGUAUAAUCGGGAGCUAAAAGCAAAACAACAAGAGCAGUUGCCACAAAAGGAUGCUUAACCCUACAGCCCAAACCCAGCUACACACAAACCCUUCCCAGUGGGACCUAGCGUCACUAAUUUUAAUAUUUUCCUCUAAGUAAUGAAAGAGGAAAUCUAAAUAUCUGAAGAGCAAGAGUUUUCUAAGUGCAAAUAACAAAGUAACUCUAUGCAUUUAAUUAAAGUGCAACCUUUUAAAUUUAAGUAAA